GGAUUUUUUCCGUUUUAAAAAAUAAAAAAUGCAGCACACCCGUAGUGCACCAAUUUCGUCACAUGUUGAAAAGUGACAGAUUCCGCGAAAAUGUGUUUGUAUACACAGGGGCUGGAAAACGCGCGUGUUUGGUAAACGAUUCGCUGCUCGCUUGCGUUGCUGCACCUUCGUUUUAUGUUUUUAGUUCGUGCUUCCCGCUUCUCUAUCAAGUGCUCACUGAACCACGCACCGUGCAGAUUCCUUCUUCUGACCGGUCCAAACAUGGAAAAGUCAGCUAGCUCGUCUUCGUCCACCUCCUCGCUGGAACCGGCAGCUAAAAAGCAAAAGCCAAAUGACGACCCACCGAAACCGUCCGACAAAGGCAGCGCGGCCGGUCGGGAGGAUUACGUCGCGAUGCUGAAAGCGGACCGUAAAGCGACGGCCAAAUCGAUACUGGAUUUCGAUUUCAACAAGAAACGCGUUCGCAUCCUGUCCGAUGCCAAGACCAUCGAGGAUGGCAAGCAGGGCGUGCUGUACUGGAUGUCGCGCGAUGCCCGGGUGCAGGACAACUGGGCCUUCCUGUUCGCACAGAAGCUGGCGCUCAAGAACGAUCUGCCGCUGCACGUGUGCUUCAACUUGGUGCCCAAGUUUCUGGACGCCACCAUACGGCACUUUAAGUUCAUGCUGAAGGGCCUGGAGGAGGUCGCCGAAGAGUGCCGUAAGCUUAACAUCCAGUUCCAUCUGCUGCGCGGUAGUGCGGGCGAAAAUGUGCCGGCGUUUGUGAAGAAACACAAAAUCGGUGGCGUAGUGUGUGACUUUAGCCCGCUGCGCGUGCCGAUGAAGUGGGUCGACGAGGUGAGGAAAGCGCUCCCGAUGGAGAUCCCGCUGUGUCAGGUCGAUGCGCACAACAUUGUGCCGGUGUGGGUCACCUCCGACAAGCUGGAGUAUGCGGCCCGCACCAUCCGCACGAAGGUGAACAAAAAUUUGCCCACGUACCUGACACCGUUCCCGCCGUUGGUGAAGCAUCCGUUCACGGCCGACUUUGAGGCGGAUCCGAUCAACUGGAAGCAGGUGCUGGACACGCUGCAGGUGGACCGUACGGUGGAGGCCGUCGAGUGGGCCACGCCGGGGUACACCGGUGGCGUGAAGACGCUGCAGACCUUUGUCGAGAAGCGGUUGGGCAAAUUCAACGACAAACGGAACGAUCCGACCGAAAAUGCGCUCUCGAACCUGUCGCCCUGGUUUCACUUCGGCCAGAUCGCGGUCCAGCGGGCAGUACUGACGGUGAAGAAGCACGGCAAGCGGUACAGCGAAAGCGUGGCCUCGUUCUGCGAGGAGGCGAUCGUGCGACGGGAGCUGUCGGAUAACUUUUGCUUCCACAACAAAAACUACGACAAUCUGCAGGGUGCGUACGAUUGGGCCCGCAAAACGCUGGACGACCAUCGGAAGGACAAGCGGGUGUACUGCUACAGCCGGGAGGAGCUGGAGACGGCCAAAACGCAUGACGAUCUGUGGAACUCGGCCCAGCUGCAGAUGGUGAAGGAGGGCAAGAUGCACGGCUUCCUGCGCAUGUACUGGGCCAAAAAGAUUCUGGAGUGGACGAAAACGCCCGAGGAAGCGCUUGAGACGGCGAUCUAUCUGAACGAUCGCUACAGUCUGGAUGGGCGCGAUCCGAACGGGUACGUCGGUUGCAUGUGGUCGAUCGCGGGCAUCCACGAUCAGGGCUGGAAGGAGCGCGAAAUCUUUGGUAAAAUUCGGUACAUGAACUAUGACGGAUGCAAGCGUAAAUUCAACGUGAAUGCGUUCGUGGUGCGCUACGGUGGGAAAGUGCACCGUCGCAAGUAGACAUGCCCUGUUAAAGAGUUGACAACAGUUGUCAGGUCGGGUUCCUUGGAUCGAUUACUUACGUUUUGAGAUUUUUGUUCGAAUUAUUUUUUUAAUAUUCCAGUGAAGCAUUUAAUAAUUGCUUGUUUGUCCAGUUAA